CUCAGCAGCUACGGCCCACGCCGCCGCAUCCGAAGCCGACUCCCACGCGCAUGGAUCCCGACCAGGUCGCCGCCGCUGGGGUCCAGCACGACUACCUCGGCGACACUAGCACUUCCGCAGACGGGGGCUGCGGUGGCGGCGGCGGCGGUGGCGACAGCUGGGGGCGCGCGCUGCUUCGCCGGGGGUGGGACCUGUCACGGAAGGCCGCCAUCGCCGGCGUCGCGGCCACGGCCGCGCCCGUCGUGGCCCCGCCCCUGCUCGUCCUGUCCCUCGCCGGCGUCGCGCUGUCCCUGCCCUUCGCCGCCUACCUCGCCAGCCUCGUCGCCACCGACCGCCUCAUGGCCGCCCUGCUGCCGCCGCCCCGGACCCAGCCAUGCCGCACCUACGACCUCGAAGACGAUGAGUUCUUGGACGCAUCAGAAGCGCACGGCGGCGAGGCCCCUGCGUUCGACUACUGGGGAGAGGCCGAGGACGACGCCAUCAUGGAGGAAGACGACAGCUACGCGUCGUUGCCUCUGUCACGGCAAUGUCGUCUCUCCGAAGAACCGGUGCCGGCAUGGAACGACGAGGAGGAUCCGAAGUCACAAGGUGAAUUUCGUCUCCAAGAAUCAGGACACGAGUCGCUUGUGUUGGAUAAUAGGGCACAGAAAGAGGAGGACAGCGAGUACAUUACCAUGGAGGCGAUGCCCCCGCGGGGCUUUGACGAUUCCAGAUCAGCAGCACCGGAAUUGUGCGAGGAAGACGAGAAACCAGUCCAAGAGUUAUCUGUAGAAGCUCCGGUUGCUGCCGAGGAACCAGUCCAGGAGUUGUCUGUAUCAGACAAUGGGGAUAAAACAGAGGAUGGCAAGCGCACAGCUAAGGAGGAAAUGGAGUCUAGCAAAGAGAUGGUGUUACCGGCCAUCGACAUGGACACCUCUGAAGUGAGUGGCUUCCCACUGCCGGUAUUGGGCGAAGUCGAAGAUGAUGUAGUGGUUCAGAGAGCGGGAGAAUCUGAAGUUUCGGUAUCUGAAGUUGGGGAUAAUACAGAGGAGAUGCUGAACCUCGUCUCGGCAAAAUCUGAGGAGAUGCCACCACAGGAGGUUGAUGUUUCUGAAUCAUCGGUGCGGGAUGAUAACACGCGGCAGAGCAAGAUGGAAGGUGAUGUAACAGUGGAGAUGGUGCUGGAGGAAGUGACGGUUAACACCAAUCCUGUUACAGAGGAGGUGGUUGGUGUGCAAAUGGAUGCCAUUGCCACUGAACUGCCUGAAUGUGAGCCUCUGUACCAGAGUGAUCUUGUGGUUCAGGAGCCACAGGCGAUGGCAGAAGCUGCUUAUGUUAAUGAUGUUCCUGAGAGUACUUUAACAGAUGUUGUACUGGGUAUUGGUGAUAAAGAUACAAAGGGUGUGGAGCACAAUGGUGAGGAAGAUGUUUCUGGUGUCGUUUCAGUGGUGACCGUGAGUGAUGUUGCAGAUCUCACUUGCAGUACGAGCGCACCGAAUGUCUCAGCCAUCAGUGAUGAUAUGAUGAAUGUUGAAAGUAGGCCAGAUGUUGACCACUCUAAUCAGAUAACUGGUGUCGAACACACACUGGCGACAAAGGGAUUGGGGAAGAAAGAGCUAGUUGAGGACAAGUCCAUGAAAACGGAGGAGAGCAAAAGCAUGAGCGACAAGGUGCCUACUAGGAGCAUGGCACCACAAGACAUUGAUGUUUCUAAACCACCAGCGCUAGAUGAUCAGAGCAAGAGAGAAGAUGAAGUAACCGUGGAGACGGUACUGGAAGAAGUGACGAGUACUACUGAUCUUGAUACAGGGGAGGUGGUUGGCGUGCAAGUGGACGUUAUCACAAGCCGAAGUGAGUCACUGCCACUGAGUGACCUUGUGCCACAAGAGUUACAGCCGGUGACUGAAGCUGCAACUGUUGAUAGUAUUCAGGGAAGUACUGUAAGGGGAGACUUUGUGACGGAUAUUGAUGAUACAAGCACAGAGGGUGUGGAGCACCACAGUGAGGGAGGCGCUUCCAGUUUUAUCUCAGGGGCAUCUGUGGUGGCCAUGGAUGAUGCUGAGGAUGUUAUGUCCAGUAGGAGAAAGCCUUAUGUCUCUGCCAUCAGAGAAGAUAUAAAGAGUGUCGAAGGUAGGCCAGAUGUCGAACACCUUCAUGAAACAACUGGUUUUGACCACAAGCUGACGAAUGAAGGACUCGAGAGGAAGAUUGUAGCUGAAGACAAGGACAACUGUACAGAGGAACAGUUGAGGGAGCAGCUUGAUACACUAAUAACAAUAACUGGGUACCGCCCCGCGACAUCUUCGACUCUAGAAGCCGAGCUUGCCCGGUUAUACAUUUUCGUGGGCGUGGAACCCCCUGUCAGCUCGAGAGAUGCAUCGGACCUGACGGAGAUCAACAUGAAACUCCAGUUCUUGAAAUCGAUCAUAGGAGUGGAGUGAAGAUCUGAGAGGGGAUUAUUGAGUGCUCAGGAAUUUUGGUGUUGUGUACAAAGCAUAAAAUUUCAGCAGUCCACGGUCCUGGCCGCAAAUGAACUCUGUUAGACAGUUGAGGACCAUGUAUCUA